ACUCUUCGCCCUCGUUUUUAGGGCGCCAGAAGAGAGGACGAGAGCGCCCCUUGAAUCGCCGGUCUCUUUUCCUCUCCUGUCGGCCUUUUUCUCGAUCGCGCGGUCCCCAAACUCCACCGUUCGUGACCUUGAUCCCUCGCUUCCCCCUGUCGAUAUGGGAUACAUAGGGCACCAUGGUGUUGCGACGCUGAACAAGUACAAAUACAGUGGCGUGGACAACUCACUGCUUGCGAAAUAUAUCUUGCAGCCCUUUUGGAGUCGAUGCGUGACUCUCUUUCCUCUUUGGAUGCCUCCGAACAUGAUCACACUUACAGGUUUCAUGUUUUUAGUGUUAUCGGCACUUCUUGGCUAUAUUUAUUCACCUCAUCUAGACACAGCCCCCCCAAGAUGGGUCCACCUUGCUCAUGGAAUUCUUCUUUUCUUAUAUCAGACCUUUGAUGCUGUUGAUGGUAAACAAGCAAGGCGUACCAAUUCAUCGAGUCCUUUAGGGGAACUUUUUGAUCAUGGAUGUGAUGCACUUGCAUGUGCUUUUGAGUCCUUGGCUUUUGGAAGCACAGCUAUGUGUGGAAGAACAACUUUCUGGUUCUGGGUAAUUGCAGCUAUUCCGUUUUAUCUGGCAACAUGGGAACACUUCUUUACAAAUACGCUUAUUCUUCCUAUAAUAAAUGGACCCACAGAAGGCCUCAUGCUGAUUUACGUGUGCCAUUUCCUGACAUUUUUUUUGGGGGCUGAAUGGUGGGCACAAGAUUUUAGGAAGUCCAUCCCCAUUUUUAGUUGGGUGCCAUUAGUUCCUGAAAUACCAUUAUAUGGUGCGGUGCUAUUCCUUAUGAUUGUUUUUGGUGUACUACCAACUAUUGGAUCUAACAUUAGCAAUGUCCGUAUGGUUGUCCGAGCAAGAAAAGGAAGCAUGUUGUUGGCAUUAGCCAUGGUAAUAUUCUGUGUAAUAAUUACCCUUUACCUUUCCAUGUUCCUUAAUAAGCUCUUUUUCUUUUUCUGGCAGCUUUUUCCUUUCGGCGUGCUCAUGGCAGGAAUUCUUAUCUGGUCUUAUUUGUCCCCUUCUGAUAUUAUGCACGAUCACCCACAUUUGAUUAUAGUUGGAACGGGUUUUGCAUUUGGAUUUCUUGUGGGAAGAAUGAUUCUAGCUCACCUUUGUGAUGAACCCAAGGGCUUAAAAACUGGAAUGUGCAUGUCUUUGUUGUUUCUUCCUCUAGCCAUCGCAAAUGCUCUCACUGCUAAGCUCAAUGACGGAACUCCUCUAGUCGAUGAGCAUUUAAUUGUUCUCCUCUAUUGUGUAUUCACAGUGGGACUCUACCUGCAUUUUGCCACGUCGGUCAUCCAUGAGAUCACGAAUGCACUAGGCAUCUACUGCUUCAGGAUAACUCGGAAAGAAGCUUAAAAAGCUAUCGGUCCAGGUCACGCUCAAUACAUUUGAUGUCUUGCUGAAGCCAGAAAAGCAACCUGGAAUAUUUCCAUUUUUUGAUAUUAUCAGAUGAUUUUCCCUGAUAAAUAUUUCUUCUGCUAAUCAGGGAUUUCAUAUUAAAUUAAAGCAAUAUUAACAUUAGUUUAGAUGGAAUGAGAAAAACAUUGUUGCCUUCCUUCUGGGUUUAUCUGCAGGGGCGUGCGGAAGUUAAUUCUAUGCUCUGUAUUACCAUCUGUUGUAUGUUCACUAAAUGGAUGUAUAUAUUCUUAACAAAAAAAAUGAACGUUUGUGUUUA